AUGAAUUGGGUUUAUGUUUCCCUUAUAUUUUUAACAAUUAUUAUUUCGAUUCAACCCUCGUAUAUACAUCCAGAUGAACAAUUUCAAUCCUUACAAAUGCUAUCCUAUAUAUUUAAUAAAGAAAAAUAUUUGAAUUUAAAUGUUAAAAAAAUCAUACCGUGGGAAUUUGAGAACCAGAAUUCAGCUCGAAGCUAUUUCCCCCUAUAUGUUGUGUAUGCACCAAUAUACAAAUUUAUUAAGAUAUUCAAUAUAACGGAUUCAUUAGAAAUAUUUCAAUUGGUGCGAUUCUACAAUCUGAUAAUCUUUCUUAUAUCUUGUAAGAUUACAAUUGUCACAAUUAAAAAAAGAUUAGAUGAUAAAACAGAACAAAUCGAUGUCCACCUUUUUUGGAUGCUCAUUCUAACAAGUUAUGUAACGACGUCAUUUCAAUCGCAUACAUUUUCAAACUCUAUUGAGACUAUAAUUUUACAACUUCAUUUAUCAAUUUUACAAACACUCAUACCUCGUAACCAAAGAGAUUUAUCCAACAAAUAUAAAUUUGCAUUAUCGCUAUUGCAUGGUACUUUAAUAUCAUUUGGGAUCUUUAAUAGAAUGACAUACCCAGCAUUUAUUUUUUUCCCUUUAAUAUACAUGUUUUUCAAGUAUUAUACCAAAUCAGCAAAUAACAUGCUCCAGUUGAUAUCGACGAUAUUUAGUUUUCUAAUAACCUCUGCAGUAAUCAUCAGCAUAGACUCCAGAUUAUAUGAAAGUGAUUCAUAUGUUAUAACACCGCUGAAUAAUUUAUUAUAUAAUUUGGACAAGAAGAAUUUAUUAAAACAUGGUUUACAUGCAAGGUAUACGCACAUCAUAAUUAAUUUACCACAGAUGUUAGGACCAAUGAUAUAUGUUCUAUUCAAAUUAAAGAAACAGAAAAUUAACCUCUUAUCGUUAUCAAUUUUAAGUGGACUUACUUGUCUAUCGCUUUUUGAACAUCAAGAGUUACGAUUUCUGAUACCAUUAUAUUCUAUAUUUUGUUUGUACAUCGUUACCAAUUGUAAUCUGAAGGCAAUUCCAAAUUAUAAAGUGGUAGUUAAAAUCUGGAUAAUAUAUAAUGUUAUCAUGACAAUAGUGUUGGGACUAUUACACCAAUCUGGGGUAUUAUUGUCAAUACAGUUUCUAAACAAAUAUUAUAAACAGAAUAUAACAGCAAACAUCUGGUGGAAAACAUAUUCACCACCAACAUGGUUUUACAAUGAUGCACAUAUUGUAAAUUCGAGCACUAACAUAGAAAACGGUAUAGAAUAUAACUCUGCCAUUGAUUUUGAACUCCGUAAACAUCAUGUAAUCGAUUUGAAAGGAUGUUCAAUAGAACUCUUCAAUGACACACUACAUAAACUUUUAACAAAUCAAGGUGAUAAAAAUACUACUAUUCAAGUUGUUAUACCAAAUUCAGUUAAACACAGAGUGGAAAAGAUCUCAAACAAUUAUAAUAUUACUCAAGUAUACCAUACUUGGUUCCACUUAGAUUUAGAUCAUUUCGAUAUUGAACAUCCCUCGAGUUUUUACCCAGGAAUCGGUGUCUAUGAUUUUUCACUUUAA